CAAAAAAAAAGAGAGAGCGAGAGCAUGGAGAACCCGUGGAACAUUCCCCCCAACGCGCCCGCCUGCAUGGAGCGGCACAUCGACACGCUUCACUACAGGAACGAUGGAGCCCUUUUACUUGGUGCCUCGACCUUGACUGGACGCAGUUGGUUGGGUUCGAUCUGGGUUUUUAAGGAUCCGCUCAAGGCUCCAAAUGAAGAGUUCUGCACCGUUGGUGUCCAGACAGAGGCAGGGGUGGUAGAUACCUGUUGGGUCUCCGACCGAGGAAUCCUUGUGGCAUCGGAUUCGGGUGCUGUGGAAUUAUGGGAGGUAUCUGAGAGCGAAGCCCUAAUGAUGAACAAGUUCUGUAAAUAUGAGCACGAUGACAUUGUUACUAAAGUGAGCGUGCUGUCUGGCAAAACACAUGCAGUCAGCGGCAGUCUAGAUUGCAGUGUGAAGGUUUGGGACUUAGAACAGCACACUGUGGUCAACUCUUACAGAGCUCACUCUAGGUCCGUGACGUAUGUAGCUUCCUGUCCCAGCAAUGAGAGUCUCUUCUUGUCUUGUGGUCAGGACAGGAGAGUUUUAUUGUGGGAUAGAAGAAAUUCCAAACCAGCCUUUCGAAUUGAAAUUGGAGUCUCAUGCUGUUCUCCAACUGCUGUCACGUGGCAUCCACAGAAGGAGGACAUCAUAGCCUUCGGAACUGAAGAUGGAAUUGUCGGUAUCAAAAACUUACAGAAUGAGACAGAUUCAAUACAGACGUCUAAAGUGCACACGCGGGCUGUGUCUGGGCUUGAGUUUUCCUCGCACAGUACUCCCCUUCUGGCUUCUGUGAGCGAGGACUGUACUGUAGCUGUUGUUGACAUGGACCUCUCCAAAGUGUUUAAAGAUCAGUCACACAAGGACUUUGUUCGUAGUGUAUCCUGGUCACCUCUAAAUUCUGCUGUAAUCAGUACAGCGGGCUGGGAUCACCAGGUUCUACACCACACGAUCAGCAAAGAAACAGCGUUAAAUGCAGCAGAAGAUUAGCAGACGUCGAUAAAUCCUUUUUUUUGUACCGUUUCUUUAUAACCAUGUUACAUCCUUGAAAUUCUACCCCGAGUUAAGGAGCAAUGACGGGUAUGUCAUCAAAUUCAUUUGUCAUGGCAGAAAUGAUCUUCAUUCUCUUAAAGCAGUAGAGAAAACAAAAAUCAUUUGUGGACACUCCAGAUUUCUACUUGUCAAAUUGAAGUAACCCGUUUCAAAAUUCUAUAGCCCUUCCCAACGUAAGAACUUUUAUGAGCAACCUCAUUCUGCUCUGAAUCUUGCCACAUACGGAUAAGUCAGCAGUGUUUUACCUCAUCAUUUUUCUUUUGUGACUGGGAGCAGAAAGUUUAUUACAGCAAACGAGUUGGCGAAUUAGUUAACGAAUGAGCGGUUUGAGUAAUAUUUGGGUUGCUUGGUGCCGAAUGAUUACUGUGAAUUUUGACCCCUGCUGCUGUGCAAUUUAUAUUUCAUGAUUCACAUUUUGUUGGGGGGGUAACGAAGAGAAUGAUUAAAAAAAAGUUAAUAAAAA